CCGCCACCAGAUAUGGCCGAUGAAGGAGUGAAGCGGGACGAGAAGGGGUUUGCCAUCCCCGCUGGCUUGCCCGGGAAAGUGAAACCCGUGGUGGUGAAGCGGCCCGUGGCUUCCACAGCAGAGGGAAGCAAAAGCAAAGGAGAGAGCAGCAACAACAGCAACAGCAGCGGUGGUAGCACCAGUGCAGAUGUCGUGGACAAGGAGAAGCAACAGCAACCAGAAGUGGACCACAGUGGCACACCCUCCUCUGCGGCAUCUUCGCAACCCGGCUCUGCUGAAGCAGCGUCCCCAGCAGCGUCCCCGUCUUCAACCUCUGCAGCAGCGUCCAGCCCAAACAAGGCUGACAAAGGCCCACCAGGUCGUGAUGAGAUCUACACAGCCCCAGAGUGGAGCCGAGUUCCCACAGCUGACUACAAACUCGAGGUUCUUAAAGGCGGGCGCAUCAUUGACACAAUCGACAUCUCAAAGAAGCCGUUCUAUAUUGUUGGUCGGGCACCCAUCUGCGACAUCCAGGCCGAGCACCCGUCCAUCUCGCGGUGCCACACCGUCUUGCAGCAUGGUGAUGACGGCUUUGUGUAUGCGUACGACCUCAACAGCACGCACGGAACCAAACUGAACAAGACCAAGAUGCCGCCAAAGCGGUAUUACCGGUUUCGCAUCGGGCAAAUGCUGCGCUUUGGUGCCAGCACGCGGCUGUACAUCCUGUCGGGCCCUGAGGAGCUUGAGGCGCAGGAGAGCGCCCGUCUCGAAACACAGGAAGACGCAAUCCGUGAGCGCCAGGCGAAGAAGCUCGAGGACGCCCUCAAGGCGCGCGACCAGGGCGUCACCUGGGGUGUGGAUGAGAGCGAACCAGAAGACACAGACACAGCCGGCGGCGACGCUGAUGUUUUAGCGGCAAUUGCAAAGAACAUUGAAACACACGGCCCCGACUUUGACCAGAAGGCGUUUUAUCGCAAGGACCCACAGCGGGCGCUGAAACACUAUCUGACCCAAGUUGGAGAGGACCUCGAGUUUGAGUUUGAUCAGAUGCAGAUGGGACGCACCAGGGAAUAUGUUGCGACGAUUGAACUGCCAAUUUACGACGUCAACGGCCGUGGCAUGAAGAUAUCAGGGCAAGGUGAGCGGAAGAAGGAAGCCAUGGAGAGCUGUUGUCUCAACGCGUGUCGUGCACUCGACGCAAAGAAUCUUCUCAGAGACACACAGAGUGCGCGGAAGUUUGAUGACGACGAUGACGACGUCUACGGCGGAGACGACGACAACGACGAGUUUUACGAUCGCACCGGCGACGUGCAGCGCAAACGAGCGAAGCGGCAGCAGCGGUCCGGCGCUGUGGGAUCGCAGAAAGACGUGCAAACAGCGGAGACCCUCGAGGCAAAGAAGUCGUCGCUGGAGGCUCAGAUAUCGAAUCUGGAGACGGAGAUUGAAGCGCUGGAGAAGACACUUGCUGAUCAGGAAGAGGAAGGGCUAGACGAGGUUGACAGCUAUGUGAAGGGCUUGCAGGCCAAGACAACAAAGUCCAAGAUCAAGAAGAUGCGGAAGGAAGUGGAUCAACUGCAGAUGGAUCUCAAGCAAACACAACAACUCCUCAAGUUUCUCAGGCCAUCCCUCUCUUCCACAACAUAGCAGCCUGCCACCUGCUGAUUCGAGUAAACGUCGCAUUGAACAAGCGCCUAUGCCUGCUCAUCAGACUUGGGCCGAGGUGAGGGAAGCGAG